CCUCCAGGGGGCGCUCUUCCCAGCGCGCAGGCGCGGCUUUUGCAUGGAGUCCAAAUGAUCUCAUCACUUCCAUCACUUGGUCGGGGGACCCCUCCACAAAACGGUCCCACAGCAUUCCCGUGUAAAACUCCACCGUAUGGGCGUUGGCGAUGGGCAGGGCUUGGCGAAGAAACCGCAUCAGCUCUCGCAGUUUGCCGCGAAGUACGUCCAGAUCCCCGGACGCCGGGAGCAGACCGGCGGCAGCCAUGACACUCUCGGUCUCUGGCUGCAGGUGGCGCCCAGGCGGCCGCGGGGCUGGGUUCAACCAAGGGGGCGGAGCACAGGCCUAACGAGUGGCGUGCCGAGCCUCCGACGCGUCACCCGAUCUAUUGCCUCUGCCUGCUGACGUCCUUGGCUUCGCGACUGCAGCUGGACCCAGAAGAGCAGGAACAUGGCUCCGGCGAAGCGCUCCCGUGUGGUCCGGCCUCGAGGGGCCCGGAUCGGAGGAGCUCAGCCCCAGGGUGGACCGGCAGGAAGCCCCGAAUUCAAGAAGAAGAAGAAGAAGCUGCAAAAACAACGGAUGUGGCGGGCGAACACGCAGAAGGCUUUUUCUGGCAGCGUUCGCGAGGGACAAGGAUUUGCAUUUCAGAGAAAGCAAAAAAUUCAGCAGGAGUACAAAAAAUUAUUAAGGAAAGAAAAAAAGGCACAAAUUUCACAAGAGUCUCAGUUUACUGAAAAAUAUCCAGAGCAUUUAAAACAUCUAUAUUUAGCUGAAGAAGAAGAAAUGCUCAGGAAACAAGAUAAAAAAGAAAAACAACCUUUGCCAGAAGAAAAGUCUAGCGUGUCGAUGAAGUAUGUUUUCUCUCUCUUGUUUAAAUCCUGGAAAUUAAAACCAGGCUUUGUUGGCUAUUUUGACGAAGCCCUGUUGCCACUCCAAGAAGAAAUAAGAAAAAAACAUCAAAUCAGAAAGCAAAAGAAGAAUAUGAAAAGGUACAAGCUAAGCGUGCAGCUAAGAAGCAGGAGUUUGAAAAAAGAAAACAAGAGAGAGAAGAAGCACAGCAGCGCUAUAAAAAAAAGAAAAUGGAAGCAUAUAAAAUAUUGAGCAAAAAAACGAAAAAAGGACAACCAAAUCUGAACUUACAAAUGGAGUAUCUUCUAAAGAAAAUACAAGAGAGAACCUAAAACACAUUUUGUCCUUUAAUAAAUAUUAAACAAUAUA